AUGGAAAAUCCCAACCUGGCAGUACAGCCCAAUUUUACCACAGAAGAAUAUCAAGAUGCUUGUCUUCAACUCAUUAAUGACAUAGUAAAUGGUCAACAAGCUGCCAACAUCCUAGUGUCCCUAUGGACACUAAACAACAAUAAAGAAAAACUCAACUGGCAAGUGUGCAAAGAACAAGAAGCCCAAAGAACACAAGAAGAACUAGAGCAAGCUGAAGAAGAAUCUGAAGAACUACAAUGCUGCAGACUCAAAGAAGCAGAAACAGUGCAAGCAGAAGAGCACAAAAUGAACAGAGUCAAGCAUGCUCCAAUAUGCAAAGUAGGGGUUCCCUCAGGCCCUGUCAACAUCCCCUCCCCAUAUGCAAUGCACAAACUCAAGAAAGGUGAAUAUGUCAAACUCUGCUUUUUCACCAACAUUGGCCUAGCAGAUGCAGAGUCCUUCAACCCAUUGGUAGAUGACAAAGCCCUAACCCUACUCAAAGCUGACAAUGGUCAACACAUCUGGGUUCCAGCUUCAACCACUAGAGAUAAGUCAUCUGUUAUAAAAGAUGAGGACUUAACCUGGGAGCAGUCCAGAGAGGCCACCAUCCAUCUAAUAAGUGCCAUGAAGGAACAUGACUGGGAGGAAGAAAGAAUAGACAUGCACAUAGAUUUUUGGACAGCCAUCGAGGCUCACCCAUGGUGCCAUUCCCUUCAUGCUCACCUCAAGAAAGCAUUACUACUCUACCAAAGCCAACAGAGACAGAGGUGGCACCAAGUGUUGUUGACACUCAACACCUGGUCCCUAGCAGAGUUGAACCAAGAACUGCUAAAUGAUGCCCGAGAAGAGAUAUGUGACAAAGGGUACUACCAAGAACUCAACAAUCUCAGAAAGGUGUGGGUUAUCAGCAUCACAACACCACUCAACCUGACCACUCCCCCCCCCCUUCUUCUCCCUGCACACCAUUCCCCAUUCCCCUCUCUCACAUAUUCCACCAUGCUACACACUAACCCUGGCAUAACAUCCAUUGAACAACCAUACCUUCUACUCCACUCUGCUAUCUGGCAUCACACCCAUUGA